AUGGAAUCACUCUUUCAAUAUCGACGUAUCAGACAAUCUGUUCGCGACCAACUAGCGGAAAUCAAAGAAAAGUGCACCUGCGAGAACUAUACACCCGGGUCACCACACAGCUCGAGCUGUCAGUCAUGCAACGUUGGGUUUUCUUUUCCGCCGAACCAAUCCUCGCUUCAAGCAAAACCUCCUACCGAUUCCAUCAUCAUUGUGGACUGGGAUAGUCACGAUGAUCCUUUGAACCCUGCAAGCCAGAGCGUGUCGCAGAAGCUGGUUAUGACCCUUCUGGUCUCGUUACUUGCUUUUUCUGUAACUGCCACAUCUGCGAUUGAUGCUUCCGGCGUCCCACAAUACAGUGAAUACUUCAACGUAUCCGAAGUAGUCGGGUCUCUUGCAACAGCCUUAUUUCUGGUCGGUUUCGGGGCCGGCUCUCUCCUGUCAGGCCCAUUCUCCGAGACAUUUGGCCGGAAUGCCGUCUACCUGAUAACAAUGCUCCUUUUUCUGAUUUUUAUCAUGGCUGCGGCACUCGCUCCAAAUCUCCAGGGCCACCUGAUCUUUCGUUUUCUUGCCGGCUUCUUUGGCUCUACUCCACUCAGCUGUGCUGGUGGCACGGUGGCGGAUUUGUGGAAUCCAGUACAAAAGACGUACGCUUUUCCAGCCUAUGCUAUUCCAUCAUUUGUGGGACCUAUGGCUGGUCAGAUCAUAGGCAGUUAUAUUCCUACUACUUUGGGAUGGCGUUGGCUUGAGUGGAUUAUGCUUAUCAUGGGAGGUGCGAUUCUUCUUAUUGUUAUUGUGUUCCAGCCAGAAACAUACGGGCCUCUUCUUCUGUACUGGAAAGCAAAGAUUCUCCGCGAAGAAACUGGGGACGAGAGAUACAAAGCUCCGAUGGAGAUGAAAAACCAGGCUUUGGGCCCGCGACUGUUGGCCUCGGUAUACCGGCCAUUUGCGUUGGUUUACUCUGAGUUGAUUAUCAUCCUGAUGUCGCUGUAUCUUACUGUUGUCUAUAUUGUCCUCUUCACCUUUUUGGAGGGAUAUACAUACGUUUUUAGUCAUCCGUAUGGGCUUUCACAGCAGAUGACUAGUAUACUCUGGGUGGGGAUGCUAUGUGGUAUUCUUCUCACUAGCUUCCUGGUUCCGGUGGUUUACUCCUGGACUGCCAAAGAGUACAAGAGAACUUCUACUAUUGCUCCUGAAGAGCGACUGUGGUAUGCAAUGCUGGGUGGUGCACCAGCGGUGCCAAUAAGUUUGUUCUGGAUGGGUUGGACCUGCUAUCCGUCCAUAUCGAUUUGGUCUCCUCUCAUUUCCUCCGUCUUAUUCGGGUACGGAAUCACGACUAUUUUCCUUUCCACAUACAUGUAUAUCAUAGAUUCCUAUGGUGUAUACUCAGCAUCUGCAUUGGGGUUCCUUGUUUUUACUAGAUAUGUCGUCGCAGGCGGUAUGACAGUUGCUGGUGGGCCUAUUUACCGUUCUAUCGGUGCGCAUUACACAUUGACCAUUUUGGGGGCCAUCAGUACAGCCAUGGCCACAAUUCCGUACUUGCUUUAUGUGUACGGGCCGAGAAUUCGCAAAUACAGCAAAUUUGCUGUCAACACCGGUGCGGAAUGA